AUGGAACCUUCAAGUGAUGCACCCCCUUCCCAAACAACACCUACUGCCACAGUUGAACCUGUUGCCCAAGCUGUACCUAUUGCCACUCCAACUAAUGCUGAGGUUCCCCCACUUCCACCUAAAGGUAGAGAUAAUGUGUGUAAUAAUAGGAAAAAGUAUAUUGCUUGGGACCAUUUUGAAAAAGUAGAUAUUGGUGAGGGUCAUUUUAAGGCUGUUUGCAAUUACUGUCAAAAAACUUAUUUAGCUGAUAAAAAGACACUUAAAGGGCAACAAACCUUAGCGUUUGAACCCAAAAUGGAUGGGGAGGAAGGGUUUCAGCUUGUACAAACAGCCUUUACUGUUGAGGCUUCUAGAAAGGCACUCGCUAAAAUGGUUAUAAUAGAUGAGUUGCCUUUUAAGUUUGUUGAAGGGUAUGGGUUUCAAAGAUAUGCGACAAUCUUACAACCUAAGUUACGAAUUAGGGAUAUCCCAUCUCAUCAAAGUAUGGCUAAGGAUGUGGUUGGCAUUUAUGGUGUUGAGAGAGAGAAACUAAGGGUGGCCUUGAAGGGUCGUAGGGUGUGUCUUACUACGGACACAUGGACUAGUAUUCAAAAUCUGUGUUAUAUGUCACUUACAAGUCAUUUUAUUGAUGAUGAUUGGAAGUUGCAUAAGAGAAUUUUGAAUUUUUGUCAAGUUGAAGACCAUAAGGGGGAGACUAUAGGUAGAAAGAUUGAGAUGUUUUUGCGUGAGUGGGGUAUUAAUGGCAUAUUCACUUUAAUAGUGGACAAUGCUAACUCAAAUGGUGCCACCAUUAAGUUUUUGGAAAAUGUAACUAAAGAUUGGGAGGGGACUGUUUUAGAACAUGAGUUCUUACACAUGAGAUGUUGUGCACAUAUCCUAAAUCUGAUUGUGGGGGAUGGUAUGAGAGAAAUUGAUGCAUCUAUUGCUAAGGUGCGUGAAGCUGUGAGGUGGAACUCUACCUACCUUAUGUUAGAAACCGCACAAAAAUUUGAGAAAGUGUUCAUACGAAUGGACUUUGAGGAUGAUAGUUAUUCUUCAUACUUUACGAACAAGGAGAAUAGUGGUGGUAUGGGAUCUCCUAGUGGUAUUGAUUUCCAAAAUUGUAGGACAUUUGUGGGUUUUUUGAAGCUUUUUUACAAUGCCAUGAAAAAGUUUUCAGGUUCUUUGUAUGUUACUACAAACACCUUUUUUGAUGAGAUGUUUGUCAUUCAAGAGAAUAUUUCCCAUUUAAGUAAAUCUUAA